GAGGCUUGGGAACUAAGUAGAGCGGAAUUAGUUGAAUUCUGUUAGUGGUAUUUGGUGUCCAAUUUUUUGCGGAAACCAAACACUACUGGAUGGUACAUCGUAACCUCACAAACAGAAUCUUGACUUAAAAAGAAAAAAACAUUUAUUAACUUCCUUCAAGUGAAUAUGACCCUUCUUUCCUCCCGCCCUUUGUUCUUCCACCCUCGGUCUCCCAUUCAUUCCAAUCUUUUCAGAUACUUCCAGGCCUUUCCUCACCAGUGACCACAAGGGAUUUGAUUGGUUUGGGGCUGAAAAUUGGAAGGGAGGAUGGCGACAAACGUUACAAACAUUACAAACCUAAAUUUAACGGCGGUGUGCCCACCACCGAUGAAGGCAACAUCUAAUGGGGCAUUCCAACAUGAAAAUCCACUGGAUUAUGCUCUUCCUUUGGCAAUUCUGCAGAUUUGUUUGGUCAUUGUUUUCACCAGACUCAUUUCCUGGAUUUUGAAGCCUCUUAGGCAACCCAGAGUCAUUGCUGAGAUCAUUGGAGGGAUACUGUUAGGACCAUCUGCCUUCGGACGCAACAAGAAAUUUCUUCACACUGUGUUCCCUCCUCGGAGCAUGACAGUGUUAGACACCCUUGCCAACAUUGGCCUCCUCUACUUCUUGUUUCUUGUGGGCCUAGAGCUUGACAUGCGAUCCAUCCGUCACACUGGGAAGAAGGCCCUGGGCAUUGCUGUGGCUGGAAUAAGCAUCCCAUUUGUACUGGGCAUUGGGACUUCAGUUGUACUUGAACAAACUAUCUCCAAAGGCGUAGCCCAUGCUCCAUUCCUUGUUUUCAUGGGGGUAGCCCUUUCAAUCACUGCUUUUCCUGUCCUUGCCCGCAUUCUUGCAGAACUGAAACUCCUAACAACAGAUAUAGGACGCAUAGCUAUGUCAGCUGCAGCUGUUAAUGAUGUAGCUGCCUGGAUACUCCUUGCACUAGCCAUCUCUUUAAGUGGCACCAACACCAGUUCACUUGUCUCUUUGUGGGUCUUCCUCUGUGGUGUUGCAUUUGUCAUCUUUGCUAUUGUGGUAUUACGACCGGCACUUGCAUUAAUGGCUCGACGAUCCCCGGAGGGAGAACCGGUGAGGGAGAUGUUCAUUUGUGUCACCUUAUCACUCGUGCUAGCAGCAGGUUUUGUUACCGACACCAUCGGUAUACAUGCACUAUUCGGAGCUUUUAUUGUUGGUAUUAUAGUCCCAAAAGACGGACCAUUUGCAGGGAUAUUGAUAGAGAAGAUUGAGGACUUGGUUUCAGGGAUCUUACUUCCUCUUUACUUUGUGUCAAGUGGGCUCAAGACAAACGUAGCCACCAUAAGAGGAGCACAAUCUUGGGGCUUGCUCUGUCUUGUUAUAUUUACGGCAUGUAUUGGGAAGAUUGGAGGGACACUCAUUGUAUCUCUAGCCUGCAAGGUGCGUUUUCGGGAGGCACUUGCUCUAGGGUUCCUCAUGAACACAAAGGGGUUGGUGGAGCUUAUUGUCCUCAACAUUGGCAAAGAUAGGAAGGUGUUGAACGACCAAACCUUUGCUAUAAUGGUCCUAAUGGCACUCUUCACCACCUUCAUCACCACCCCAAUUGUGAUGGCUGUGUACAAGCCUGCUAGGAUGUCGGCAACACCAUACAAGCAUCGAACCAUCAAGCGUCGAAAGCUUGACUCUGAACUCCGCAUCUUAGCUGCCUUCCAUAGCAGCCGAAACAUUCCCACCAUGAUCAACCUCCUAGAGUCCUCUCGUGGCACAAAUAAACGUCGUGGCGUCUUUGUCUAUGCAAUGCAUCUCAUGGAGUUGUCAGAGAGAUCAUCUGCCAUAUCUAUGGUCCACAAGGCUCGCAAGAAUGGGCUUCCUUUCUGGAACAACAAUGGUAACGAUAGCGACAAAAUGGUCAUUGCCUUUGAGGCUUAUCAACAGCUUAGCAGUGUCACUAUUCGUCCUAUGACUGCCAUAUCUAAUUUCAAUACCAUUCACGAAGAUAUCUGUAACAGUGCUGAGCAGAAACAAGUGUCCAUCAUCAUCCUUCCCUUCCACAAGCAUCAACGCGUAGAUGGUGCCAUGGAGUCCCUUGGCCAGAGCAUCCACCAUGUUAACCAACGUGUACUCCUCCAUGCUCCCUGUUCAGUUGGAAUCCUUGUUGACCGUGGCCUUGGUGGCACCUCCCAAGUCUCAGCCAGUGAAGUGUCCUUCAAAAUUGUAGUUCCCUUCUUCGGUGGUCAUGAUGAUAGGGAAGCACUUGCAUAUGCACUUAGGAUGUCUGAACACCCGGGGAUCAUGCUUUCUGUGGUGAGGUUCAUGGCCCAUCCAGGGAAGUCCUUAAAGGAGGUGGCUAGUACUGGUGUUAAUACCAAAAUUGGUCUUGGAACAGAGGAUGUGAAUGAUAGAAGUCUGGAUGAGGAGUUCCUAACAAAAAGUAGAGAGACCCGUGAGUCCAUAUCAUUUGAGGAGAAAGUGGUGGAAGGUAAGGCAGAGAUUGUGGCAGCUUUGAAGGCAAUGAACAAGUGCAAUCUGUUUGUAGUGGGACGAAUGCCGCCGAUUGCUUCUUUGGUGGAUAGAACCGAUUGUUCGGAAAUGGGGCCAAUUGGGGCAUUGCUAGCAUCAUCAGAGUUUUCAACUACAGCAUCAGUGUUAGUAAUUCAACAAUACAAUUCAAAAGCAAUCAUUCAUCCCAUGGAGGAUAAUGAAACAUUAGACUCAAAUGAAAUGGCUGAAUCAGCUGUUUGAUUAACAAAUGAUCCAAGUUGAUGUUUAUUAAACUAAUUGGGAUAUUGGGGUAAUCAAUCAAAUUAUCUAUUUUCCUUGUUUGUUUGCCUUACAAUUCCAUUUUUUGUAUUAUUAGCCAUCA